CCUGCUAAUUGUUUCCCCUUGAGAGUCAACCAUACCCGCGUUUCCAUCUCCCCGCUCUGCCUUGUGCUCCAAUGUUGCCCGCGCCUUGCCCUACAACCCUUUCCGCUCGCGUACUGCUUCGACUCACAUCCCCAAACCAAGCCUUACGCAGUCCCUUCGCAUAUUUCUCUCAACUUAGCACUCCCAAGCAAGCAGGAUCGUCGCAGGGUAGCUGGCGAGUAAUGCAUGCUUGACGAAGGUGCAGCUAUCUCCAUCUCACGAACUUGCUCUUCAAGAUGUUCUGCCUGCACAAG